CAGGCAGUGCCAGGGGCCAGGUUUUGGGGGGCAAUGACUGAAGUGAAGAGAGAGGUGUUCGGGCAGAUGCCCCAGGAGGAAGGAGGAGGAGUGGUGGAAAAGUUCAUCUUAAAGUCAGACAGUGUGAAAGUGGAGAUCCUGUCCUUAGGGUGCAUAAUCGCCACUCUGGAGACGAAAGGCAGGGAUGGGGAGUUUUCGGAUGUUGUCCUAGGCUUUGACACUUUGGAAGGUUACACGAAGCAGCACCCCUUCUUCGGUGCCGUCGUGGGGCGUGUUGCCAACAGGAUUGCGAAGGGGAGGUUCACUGUGGACAGGAAAUAUUAUCAGCUGUUCCUCAACAACGGGCCCAACAGCCUGCAUGGAGGAGCCAGGGGAUUUGACAAGGUUCUCUGGAGCCCCCAGGUCCUCCCAAAUGGCGUCUGCUUCUUCCGGGUCAGCCCUGAUGGUGAGGAAGGCUACCCCGGUGACCUGAAAGUCUGGGUGACCUACACGCUCAGCGGUGGGGAGCUGGCCAUCAACUACCGAGCCCAGACCAACAAGACGACACCCAUCAACCUGACAAACCAUGCGUACUUCAACCUCGCAGGACAGGGCUCAUGGGAUAUCUACGACCACGAGAUUUCUAUUGAAGCAGAUUCCUACCUACCUGUGGACAACACCAAGAUCCCCACUGGGGAGGUGGCCACCCCCGGCUUUGACCCCCGCCAGCCUGUGGAGCUGGGGAAGCACCUGCAGAAGUUUCACCUGGACGGCUUCGACCACAAUUUCUGCCUGCAGCAGGCAGAGGGUCAACGCCUCGUGGCCAGGGCUUGCCACCCGCCCACCGGCAGGGCCAUGGAGGUUCACACCACCCAGCCUGGCAUCCAGUUUUACACCGGGAACAACCUGGACGGCUCCCUGAAAGGCAAAGGCGCCGUAGCGUACUGCAAACACUCGGCUUUCUGCCUUGAAACCCAGAACUGGCCCGAUGCUGUCAACAAGCCUCACUUCCCCAAUGCCCUACUCCGGCCGGGUGAGGAAUACAACCACACUACAUGGCUCGUGUUCAGUGCUGCUUGA